GUGAGAGCAAAUAAUAAUAAUAAUAGUAAUAAUCUUAUUAUAAAAAUUUUAAUAUGGGACGGCCAUCGCAGUUUUGCUAUGAGAAAAUAAUAGGGCAACCCACAAGGCAGAAGCAAUAAAUAGCAAAGCCCCGCCUGUGUCCCUUCAGAUUUCUAGGGCUUCACCUGUUAGCCUCACUCGCAGAUCUACUCAAAACACUCUUAAGCCUUCGAGUUCGAGCAACGUCCAAGGAAGCGCGAGGGAAGGAAUUAAAUGGCUGGGAAGGAGGAGAACCGUAUAUUCGUGGGAGGGUUGUCUUGGGACGUUACUGAACGUCGCCUUGAAGACGCCUUUAGCCGCUUUGGCAAAAUUAUCGAAUCUCAGAUCAUGUUGGAAAGAGAUUCAGGCCGUCCGCGUGGAUUUGGAUUUAUUACCUUUGCAGACCGUAGGGGGAUGGAAGAUGCAAUUAGGGAGAUGCACGGACGUGAGUUUGGUGAUCGUGUCAUCUCAGUGAAUAAGGCACAACCAAAAAUGGGGGGUGAAGAUCUAGAUCAUGGCUAUGGUGGAGGCUACUCAUCAGGCAGCAGGGGAAGUUAUGGGGGGGGAGAUAGGUCUGUGGGGCAAGAUGAAUGCUUUAAGUGUGGGCGCCCAGGCCAUUGGGCUCGAGAAUGCCCUUCAGCAGGCAGUGGGCGUGGUGGGAGUGUUCAGUUCUCUUCGCGUUCUAGGUAUGGUGGUGCUGGGGGUCGUGGGGAUCGCUAUGGAGGAGAACGUGACCGGUACAUAGAUGAUCGUUAUGAUGGAGGACGUUUCGGAGAUAGGGAUCGUUUUGAUAGCAGAGAGAGCAAAUAUGGGAGCCGUGAUCGCUAUGUCAACGACAGGUAUCCACCUGGAGGAGACCGCUACACUGGUGAUAGGUAUGGUGGUUCAGAUAGAUAUGGUGCUUCUGAUCGGUACCCUCAAAAUGGGUAUGGUAAGGAAAGAGGCUAUGAGAGGGACGCCGGACCAAGAAUGGGCAAUGAUAGGUUUGGUGGAGGGCCAGCUCGCAGCGAGGGGAGAACCUACAGGAAUAGGGCAGGUCCUUAUGAUCGUCCUAGCAUGGGGGGAGGGCGCCCUUCGUCUUUUGAUCGCUACUGAAAUUUCAAUUGGCACUCUGGGUUGAACUCUAGGGAACAAUCACAAAUGUCGUGUAUACGCUAGAUACUUAUGUUUUGUUGAUGUAGAAUGGUUCGGUUGCAUUGACUAGCAGGAUUGAUUGGUGCCAUGUUAUUUAAAUUUGCUCAUCUGCUUCCCAUAA